CAGCGAUCACCUUUCUUGAUUUGCCUUUGCUUGGACGUACACAGUUUGGAUAUGACAACUAAUGGCGGUAGAGGGUCGCCCAGCAGACGUAAAUCUAUCGCGGUAGCCAACCAGAAUCGGCCUCUUCAUCCAGGCAAGAAGCGGCGAGCACAUUCUAUUGCACCUGGCGACAAGAUCAAUCUUGCUUCGAGGACACGUCGGUCACUGGCUCCCCGAAAAAGUAUCCUCAAACCAGCAGUCAACAUCCCUGAGGAUGAUGACGAUGCCACGCAAUCCAUGGAUCUGACCAAUGUUCACGAAAAUACGCGAAAAUCUCUUGCACGGCGCGUUAGCUUCGCAGACCGGGCACAUGUCCGGCUAUUCGAAACACAGGAACAAAAUACGAAUAGCACCGCUUCCCCUCAGUCCUCACCUGUGCAGGAGGCCGUUGAACGAGGCCCUACGGAUGAAAAUGCAUAUCCUGGAGCAAACAAAUUCCGUCGCCGAAGCUCAAUUCGAUCCAUCGCUUUCAGUGAUGGCGCAGGAGAGGAAUCCAUGGAUAUGGACUCCGAUGAUACAGCUUUUGGGCCAGCUGCAUAUCUACGAGCUCAAAAUGAGGAGUUGCUUAUUAAUGACGACUUUGCGGAUGAUGACUUCAACUUUGAUGACGACGACAUGGAGGUCACCGAAGCCAUUCAGGUCGAUAUCCAAAAGCGACGCUCCUUGGCACUCGCUCCUUCUCGCCAACCACUUGCAGAUGUAAUCUCGUCACCAGACAAUCAUGACGGGGGUGGUCAGCAGCAGGCUCUUGCCGAUCAGUCAUAUACUGAAGAUGACUCCCAUCAAUCUCAGUCAUUCGUAUCUGAAGGCGAUGUCUCUCAGCCAAUGGAGUUCACUGUUCCACUCAUCCGUCCACCAGCCCCUCCAAGUGAAGCCUGGCUUGCUCUUCGAUCAGUAACCCACUCUGGUGAAACCCCAUACGUUCCCUCGUCUGACGAAGAGGACGAACAUGGGGGACAGGACAUGGAGAUCACCGAUGCUCUCACGAGGCUCCAAGCAGCUCGCGAAUCCCUCGGGUUCGGAAAUGGAGUAGAUGUUGAAGAAUCUGGACAACAAAACAACAGUUUUAGUAGCUCUGAGGAUAGUUUUGUGCAAGAUGAUGUGGAAAACGACGGCAACCAGACUAUCAAUGUCACUCAGCUUAUGCGCCGGGUCAGUCUUAGUACUGGCAUUGGGGAUGGCAAUUCUACUAUGGACAUCACGUCCACAUAUGACAGGCAGGGGGAGCCAAGCGAGGACCAGUCUGAUGUCGCAGGCACGGACCUUUCAUUCCCUUCCACGCAACCAACAGUAGAAGCUCAUGGGGAUAUCGCUCAGACAGAACCACAGGAGUGUGUUCAUGAGGAGCCAGCAGCCAGACCUGCUGUAUUCAAACCAGCCCCGCCACUUGGGGAGAUCCCAAAUGCACUCACACCCGCUCCUGUUCCACGACCUGCUACGAUUCCCAAGCCAUUCUCGUUUUCCUUCACGCCUCGCGGACAAACGCCAGCGUCGCCAGCCCGCCCUCGUCCUCCUUCACCUACUAAAUCACCGAGCAAAGCUAAAUUUUCUGCAGCUUUUGCCCCUCCUGUUGCUCGUCCCUCGCCAAAAAAGAGGGUCCAAGGCGUAGUCGACGACUCAGAAUCAGAAGACAGACCCAGUCCCGCUAAAAAGCUAGCUGGCCCCCGGAAACUGACUGCAUCACUAAAUGAGUUCUCCAAGGAGCAACCCAUUCAGUCGAGCAGGCUUCCGAGGCUCUCCCCAAGCAAGAAGACACCAUUCCAAGUAAAUGUAGAGCCGUUUUCAGGCCCGAAUAAACGCCCGUCUAUUGGAUUUCGCCGUCCCUCGGGACACUUCGCGCAGAGGAAAAGCAUGAGUGGAGCAGCUCCUCCUGCUCCUCCUGCUUCAGCCAAGAAAGCGGCCGCGUAUAUUGGCAGGGAGAGUAUUUCCUUUGCAGGCGAGAAGGAGGGAGCUGUUGGAGAAACGACGGAGAAAGCGAGUGUAUUGGAGUCGCAGGAGGAGGUCAGAACUGAGACCAUACCUGCACCGCCGCACGACUCUCCAACCAGAGAGUCUCCCGUUUAUGAGAUUCCAGGAAGGGUUUCUCCGUUUGCUGACCUGCUCAGGAAAUCGCCAGCGAGCGUGUCCCCUGCACUUCCUUCCCCUCGACCUCAAAGCCCUUUACGCAAUUCACCUCGACCAUCAACACCGGUACGCGCAUCCCCUCGGCCACCCAGCCCUGGACUAGAACAAAUACCAGAAGACCUUCCAGAACCUGAUUUCGAGGAGAUGGAGGUAACUUCAGACCUAACGCCAUUAGCCCUUAUCUCUGAGGGGAUUUCUAACCCCACCGAGCAAGGGCGCAGAGAUAUUGCUGAAGGAGACUUCCCUCCUGAAGAUGGCCCACAAAUCUCCAUAGAGCAAUUCUUUGAGAUGACCGGGAUACGAUUCAUGGAUGAAAUUGCUGCCCCCCGUCGCUCUACCGUACACCCGUCUGCCCUUCGUCCUUCCAGGCGACAGUCAACGGAAAGCGAGAUCCCUCUAUCUGAAUAUGUGGUAGCAAUGGCAGUUGAUGUGCCACAGCUAGAGUUGUACACGCACGUUAGUAAAGACCUGCAACUCUGGAUCGAGCGAAUCAAAGGCAUCUACAAAGAAGCAGAAGACGAGGCCCUCAAGAUGACUCCUGAGUUAUUCCAAGAAUUUGUGCUGGCGGACGAGGAAGGCCAGAAUGAGCUCCUCCAUCAGCUCAAGCUCAUCAAGGUCAACAAGCAUGCACAGGCCAAGUCAGAAUGGUACGACUGGAAGAUGCAGUGGGUUGAGCAAUUGUAUGAGAAGGCGGAUCAAGGGUUUCGAGAUCUUGAGGCGGAUGCCAAAGUUCUUGAAAAUAUUAUCCGUCAAACCCAGGAUGUUGUACCUGCUCUCAACGAGGAAUACGAAAAUCUUCUCCGCGAGUUGGAACAAGAACAGGCUGACGUCGCUGAGCUCGAGAACUGCGACCAAGAUUAUCUGAAUGAGCUAAAAACGACCAUUCAAGAACAAAGUGUUGCGCUUGAGGCCUUCCGAGCAGACGUCGAUGAGGGUAAAGCCAAACUGGAUCGUCUACAGGAGAAGCUGGAGGAAAUUGAAGCUCAGAAGCUUGAAACCACCGAUGCCAUCCAAGUGGCUGAGCGACAGGUUCAGGUACAGAAAAAUAGUACGCAUGCCGAAGUCUUCAGGCUAAAAGAUGAGCUAGAAGCCCUUCAAAAUCUUCACAUGCUACAAGUCACAAAAGUCCUGCCAGAGCUUUUUGAAUUCAGAUAUGCGUCAUCUUAUGACGUCUCCGUCCCAUGCGAGAACUUUUGCCCAGUUGUCAAGGAGGUGUCGAUAACGCGAGUCCAGAGUGCGAAGCUCAAGUACAAAGAUGCAUUCCCUACUCUUAGCCCGUUGAUACUAAAGACGGCGAGCGCACUCAUUACAAGAUCCAAAAGAGAUCUCAGCGUUCGACAGAUUGUCGAACGUCUAGGAGACUACUGGUCUGCUUGCUCCCAAUUGUUAACCCAACUAAAGUUGGUCGCAAUUAAGUACCCAGUCGCCGUCACUCACGGAGAAGACGAUGAUUCCGGGUUCACUGCAACUGUAACAGUUAUGCUCCCCAGCCAGAAGGCGAAGGCCUUGAUAUCUUUCAUAUUUGACACUCGGACACGGGAUACCCUCCAAGAAGCCAUCCUUGGAAGAUUGAGAGAGGCUACCGUGGCAGAUAAUUAUGGUUGCCUCCUGGACGCGUGCACAGUCGCUUUGGACUGCUACGCAUAACCUCGUGGUUGGUUUAUGUAGCUUCUGCAGGUCGGAUUAUAUCACCCAUAUGGUUAUUAUAUCUUACAGGACUUAAGUGGUUGGCGUGUAUCACUAAAAUCUAUUAUACAUACAUAAUAUGUAUCCCUUCC